AUGUCGGCGACAGGCCAUCAGGAUGGCGUAUCUGCGAGAAGCACGCCUCAGACUACAGCGACACAGCCGGUCCCGAACCGUCCACCAAUUGUACAGGCCACACCGCCGGUGUCAAAUCCACCACCCAACACACAACCCACACCACCAGCACGACCAGUGGUAACGCCAGAGCAAUUCGCAGAAAUCCAAAAGAAGCGCUCUCAAGACAUCAAAGAACUCGACACCCUAGGCGGCAAAAUACUAGAACUCCUAGGCCAAAUGACAACCCAAGACGCCAUGAGCCUAGUCGCCGACCUCGCCCUCCUAAAGUCCAAUCACGAGCCCUACUCACCCGCACCAGCAGAAUACCAACGACUCCAAGAACAAUUCGUCCCUCUCCAAAGCAGAUUCAGUCCACCCGGGGCUCUCAUCUCGAUCGCACCACUAAACCUCUCCUCCGCACAGGAGAUCCAAGGCUUGCGAAAAGCAAACGAAGCAAUCUUCUGCUGCGCCAUCUUCGCCGGCGGACUCGGGCAGCGCGUCCUCGACCAAAGCUUCCUCGAGACAUUCGUCCCUUUCGGCGGAAGCUAUCGGAGAUGCAAGCGAAUAUCUGGCUAG